UUGUAUUUAACAAUAGUCCAUAGUGUAUAACAAUAACAUUUAAAAUGAGAAUACUAUUUACAGAAAGUGAGAGAAGAAUUAUUGGUUUUUGUUUAUUAUUUUUACAUAUUAUUAUGUGUUUCGUUUAUUCUGUAAUUCUACUUAAUCGUCAUAAUCAAAUCGAAUACGUGGAAAUGAAUUCUCUCAUUGGUUUAAACCUUGAAAAUACAGAAAUUUUCGCUACAAUUCUAACACACAUUAGCAUUAUUUUACAUAUAUCCGGAGCUUUGAUAAGUUCGAAUUAUAGUAACGCAUGGAACAGAUGGAUAUUUCUGAAUUAUUUCGGCUAUUGGAUCCUAUUUUAUUUGAUGUUCUUCAUGAGCGAAGUUGUGUUUUUACUUAUACUAAUAUCUCACUUUUGGGAGUUGAAGCCUCCGUGGGAAUUCGAUAUAAUCCCAUCAAUGAAAAAAUAUAGAUUAUCUGAAGAUAUAAAAGUCAUGUUAGAUAAAUUACAGAUUAAUUUGAAGUGUUGUGGUGGUAAAGGAAUCGGAGAUUGGAUGGAUAUAGCUUGGAUUCCUCGACAAGUUAUUAUUCAAAGAACUGGCAUCGAAAACAAGUUAACUGCAGAAUGGGUACCUGAAAGUUGCUGUAAUUUAACAUUUGAUGGUCCAUGCUAUCCAAAAUUUGUUUUUAAAGAAAGAAAAGGAAUAACGUACUAUGAUACUAUAGAAAUGUUCAAUAGUAAAGGUUGUAAUGAUGUUUUACCUCAAUAUCUACUUCUUCUUACGAAGAAAAUAAUAUGGUUUAUAGUCGUAAUAAUGACAACCAAAAGUAUUCGAGAAAGAAUUGAAUACACUCCAAGCUCUGGGCAACAGAUACUUUUUCCAGAAGCACAGUUAGAAUUAUGUGAUGCACCAUGUACACCAGAAAAAUUAACAACAAAAGUUACACUUUCAACACAUCACAUUGGAAAAGGAUGUGAUAGAGAUACCUACUCAGUCGACUCUCAAAGGAAACUAUGUGGUGCAAGUUCAGAUAGUAUAGAUUUACUUCCUUCUCCUGGUAUUGGUGCUGAGUGGACAAGAGAAUUACCAACUGAUGAAGGCCAUGAAAGUGAUCAAAUAUAUGAAUUUGAUGGAGUAACAAAUGCUGUUGUUAUUCCUGAAUCAACCCUUAACCAUAAUUUAACCAACAACUUCACAGUUGCAUUUUGGAUGAAACAUGAGCCUUUACCUGAUCAUAAUAAUUCACACAUGAAGGAACAUAUUAUCUGCAAUGCUGAUGAUCAUAAAAUGAACCGACACCACUAUGCUAUAUUUGUAAGAAAUUGUCGUUUAAUAUUGUUGCUUCGUCGUGAAUUUUAUCAAAAACGACCAAUUGUAUUUAGACCAGCAGAAUGGCGCUGGAAGACAAUUGAAGUUUGUGAUAAUCAAUGGCAUCAUUACGCCAUAAGUGUGAAUUUUCCAGAGGAUGGUCCUUUUAAUAAAUGUCGUAUCAAAAAUACUGAGCCACUUUCAUGGGAUCAAAGCCGCAAUCACAUUCUCCUUGUUGUUGCUUAUGAUUGUGGAAUGAAAAGAUCUAAGCCUACAACAGUUAAUAUUAAAGUUCAUAGAGUUUGUCGACCUGGCUGGAAAG